GAUGGCGGGACCCGGGGGAAUGCCGAGGAGGGAGGCGGGAACCUGGGCUGGGAAAAGCGAGGAAGGAAGAGGGAACCUGGGCCAAGAAGGCCGGGGAGGAAGACGAGAGUCUGGACCCUGCAUAGAGCGAGGAAGGAAGCGAGAACUAAGCAGAAGGAACCAGAAUCCAAGGCCGAGGAACACGGAGGAGGGAGGGGAUAGGGAGCCUGGGCCGGGGAGCGCCCUAGAGGGAACCGGUAGUCUAGGAUGGACAGCGCCGAAGUGGAAACUAGAAGCCCGGGGCUGGUGUGAGUUUGGGGAGGGCAGGAAUUUUGUUUUUUUCCCCCAUGAGGAAACCCCAAGUCUCGCAGUGCGGCCUGGCACACAAGGGCGUUCAGUUCAUGUAGUUUUUUGUGGCUUUCCUUGUGUGGUUUGAGCAUGUGUUCCUUGUGACGUUGUGGAACCGGUUGUGAAAGUGAUAAGGUCUCGGUGUGUGUCUGAUUUUUCAAAUAGGUUACGAGUCGAUUUGUAUUUGAGACUGCAUGCGACUUUGGAGAGACGACAGUAAGGGGUGGGUAGUCUCUAGCUGGAAUGGAUUGGGAGCUGGAAAACAGGAAACAAGUCAGAAGUCAGGGACAAGAAGAGGCUAACAUGAUUGGUACCAUUAUAAUUUAGUGUUAAGUCAGCUCUUAACCUGAGAGAACCCACUGCUGGGAACUUCCAGAUACACUUCCCUUCUCAUGGGUACAGCCACUUCUCCAGCUGUCUCCUCAGUGUUUCCUCUGGGCAUGCAGUAGUCCACCUGCUCUGGUGGGUCUUGUCUCUCCGGUGAGUCCUCUUGGACAAGAGGAUCCAAGCCAACCCAAGCAGUCUCCAUCCAUGGGUUGCCCAUCUAGAGCUCAGGCAUCAGUGUCAUUCAAAGAUGUGACUGUGGACUUUACUCGGGAGGAGUGGCAGCACCUAGAUCCUGCUCAGAAGACUCUGUACAUGGAUGUAAUGUUGGAAAACUAUUGCCAUCUCAUCUCUGUGGGGUGUCACAUGACCAAACCUGAUGUGAUCCUCAAGUUGGAACGAGGAGAAGAGCCGUGGACAUCAUUUACAAGUCAUACCUGCUUAGAAGAAAAUUGGAAAGAGGAAGACUUUUUAGUGAAAUUCAAGGAACACCAAGAUAAGUUUUCUAGAUCAGUUGUAUUCAUCAACCACAAAAAACUGACUAAGGAAAACAGUAAUGCAUAUGAAAAGACAUUUACUUUAAGCAAAAACCCUAUUAAUUCAAAAAAUCUACCUCCUGAAUAUGACACUCAUGGAAAAUUUUUUAAAAAUGUUUCAGAAUUAAUCAUCAGUAAUCUAAGUCCUGCAAGAAAAAGACUUAGUGAGUAUCAUGGAUAUGGGAAAUCACUCCUUAAUACUAAAGCAGAGACAGCUCAGCCUGGAGUCAAAUCCCAUAAUGAACGUGGCAGGGCUAUUAGUCAUAAUGAAGUACUUAUGCAGUACCAUAAGGUGGAAACUCCAGCACAGUCAUUUGGAUAUAAUGACUGUGAGAAAGCCUUCCUUAAAAAGGGAGGAUUAAUUAUGCAUAAUAGAACUUACAGAAGGGAAAACCCAUCUGAAUAUAAUAAAAGGAGAAGAGCAACCAAUAUUGAAAAAAAACAUACAUGCACUGAAUGUGGGAAGUCCUUCUGCAGGAAGUCAGUAUUGAUUCUGCAUCAGGGAAUUCACACAGAGGAAAAACCCUAUCAGUGUCAUCAAUGUGGAAAUUCAUUUAGAAGGAAGUCUUAUCUCAUUGACCAUCAGAGAACUCACACAGGAGAAAAACCCUUUGUUUGUAACGAAUGCGGAAAGUCUUUUCGCCUAAAGACAGCCCUCACUGAUCAUCAGAGAACACAUACAGGGGAGAAAUCAUAUGAAUGUCCACAGUGUAGGAAUGCCUUCAGAUUGAAGUCACACCUCAUUCGUCAUCAGAGAACUCAUACAGGAGAGAAACCGUAUGAGUGUAAUGACUGUGGGAAGUCCUUCCGCCAGAAGACAACACUCUCUUUACAUCAGAGAAUUCAUACAGGAGAGAAACCCUAUAUUUGUAAAGAAUGUGGGAAGUCCUUUCAUCAGAAGGCAAACCUUACUGUACAUCAGAGGACUCACACAGGGGAAAAGCCCUAUAUAUGUAAUGAAUGUGGAAAAUCUUUCUCUCAGAAGACAACCCUCGCUCUUCAUGAGAAGACUCAUAAUGAGGAGAAACCCUAUAUUUGUAAUGAAUGUGGGAAGUCCUUCCGCCAGAAGACAACCCUUGUGGCACAUCAGAGAACACAUACAGGGGAAAAAUCCUAUGAAUGUCCUCACUGUGGGAAGGCCUUUAGAAUGAAGUCAUACCUCAUUGAUCAUCACAGAACUCACACUGGAGAGAAACCAUAUGAAUGUAAUGAAUGUGGGAAGUCCUUCAGUCAGAAGACAAAUCUGAAUCUACAUCAGAGAAUUCAUACAGGGGAGAAACCCUAUAUUUGUAAUGAAUGUGGGAAGUCCUUUCGCCAGAAAGCAACUCUGACUGUACAUCAGAAAAUACAUACAGGACAGAAAUCUUAUGAAUGCCCUCAGUGUGGGAAAGCCUUUAGCAGGAAGUCAUAUCUCAUUCAUCAUCAAAGAACUCAUACAGGAGAGAAACCAUAUAAAUGUAAUGAAUGUGGAAAGUGCUUCCGCCAGAAGACAAAUCUCAUUGUACAUCAGAGAACUCACACAGGGGAAAAACCCUAUAUUUGUAAUGAGUGUGGUAAGUCCUUCAGUUACAAGAGAAACCUCAUUGUGCAUCAGAGAACUCACAAGGGAGAAAACAUAGAAAUGCAAUAAAUGAUGUGACUUCUUUGUAAAGCCUUCCCAAGUUAUUGUAAAACUUUAGUUUAAAAAACAGCAUGCUAAAACAUUUUAAAAAGGUAAUUUUAAUCACAAAUGUAAUAAUAGUUAAAGUACCAACUACAUAACUACUGUUUCUAGCAUAUAUAAUGGGUAUGAUCAUUUGUUAUUAAAUUCUAUCAGAAAUGAAGCUAAAUUUUAAGUUUUCAAGUUCUGUUGACUCAGUUUAUUUUUUUAAAAAAGUACUUACAUAAUACAUGAAGACCAAGAUACAAAAUGGUCAUAAUGUCAGUUUCUAUAAAAGAAGGAAAAUAUGAAAUAUAUUUCUCCUUAUGCUCUGGAAUAAAAAACAAUUGUUACUUCCCCAAAGAUCACCAUGUACCUGGCUUAAAAUAUCAUAAAGUAGUCUUUGCAUGUCUUUAAACUUUAUGUAUUUUUUUAAUCAUGUAUGAUGAAUUUUUUUGUGUCUUGUUUCACUCAACAUUUUUAAGAUUCAUACAUUAUUGCAUGUGGCAGUAAUGUGUUCAUUUUCAUUCUGUUUACUCUUCCAUCUUACAAUAUACCACUAUUUAUCCUUUUGAUGGAUAUUUGUAUUUUUUAUAAUUUUGUGUUGUAAUAAAAAUGUUGCUUAAAUGCUAUAAAUAUUCA